CCUCGCUGGGCAGCCUCCCUCCCGCCCUCUUCCCCCUUCCCCUCUCCCCGCAGCCGCGUCCCUACUGCGCCGCCCGGGCAGCCCAGAGCGCGGCGCGCAAGGGCACGGGAGCCAGGGGCCGCGCACCUCGGGGCCGCGGCGGGCCCGGGUCCAGGCUCGCACCGGCGCUCUCCAGCCGGGACCCAGCUCAAACAGCCAGCAUCCCGAGCCCGGCCCCUCCACGCAUCCCCCAGGCCCGGAGCGAGGAUGAGCACUCAGGGCCAGGCACCAGGUCGCUACUCAACUUUGUAAAGACAUGAUUGGAGUGUGUCUGUGUGUAGCGGGGACAGCGAGCUGAUGCCGAGAGUCGGCCCGCUGCCCUGCCUCCUCCUUCCCGGGCCGCCGCCGCCGCAGCCGCGCGCGCACACACACGGCCAUCGGGUCGCGUUUCCGCGCUCCGGCCCCGGGCUUGGAUGCGAGUUUUCCUUUCAGAAGGAGGCAGAGCCUGCACGGGGUGCCGAGGGGCUGACCCCCACCCACGGGUCGCCAGUGCUGUCACGCGCGGUCUGGCUGGGAGAAGGGACUCGCGCGCCUAGCUUUGUUGUGGAAAUCCGGUUACCUGACUUAUCACCUAUCCCAUGGAUAAGUUACUUGACUUGCCUUGAAUGAAUCAGUAGUGCUGUUGGAUAGGGACCAUCUUGGCCUCAGGGCUUUCAGAAUGAAUGGAAGGUCAUGUGGCAUGAGUCUGCAUCGGACAUCAAGAACCCCGCAGGGGCCUGGGUUGCUCACUGGUCAACACAUUCCUCCUAUCAGAGCCCACUCAGGCACUACAGGCCCCUCAUCCUAUGCCAGCAUACCCAGCCCUGCUAUUGGAAGUCUCGCUAACAGCCUCCACCUGAAGAUGUCCUCGGGAGCGGGGAUGGCUCCUCAGAGCAACAUGGCUGUGAGCCCCCUCCAUCUGCCUGCCCUGAGCCCCAGGAGACAGUUACUCACCAAUGGGAAGCCUCAAUUUCAGGCCACUCAGGCCAGUGGCCUGACAGCAGCCUCACUUGCUGUAAAGCACAAACAGCAAGAAUUUGGAGAGCACUUUUCUUCAAAUCCCGAGAAAGGGGCUCUUGGCUUUGGGCCUCAGUGCAAGUCCAUUGGAAAAGGCAGCUGCAACAAUCUAGUGGUCACCAGCAGUCCCAUGAUGGUUCAGCGACUGGGACCCAUUUCACCUCCAGCAAGCCAGGUCUCCACAGCAUGCAAGCAGAUCAGUCCUAGCUUACCGAGGGCAGUGAAUGCAGCCAACCUGAAUAGACCUCCUUCAGAUUCCAGAUCCCUUAUUUUGCAAGAGUCUCUGGUAUCCACGACUUUGAGUCGGACAGAGAGUCAGUCGGCCUUGAGUGUGAAGCAAGAGUGGUCUCAGAGCUACAGGGCCUUUCCUUCACUGUCAUCCAGCCAAGGCUCUCAAAAUGGCAUGGACCUAGGGGACCUCCUUAGCUUGCCUCCUAGCACGCCAGGGUCCAGCAACAGCGUCUCUAACUCGUUGCCACCCUACCUUUUUGGCAUGGAAAACAGCCAUUCUCCUUACCCUAGUCCGCGGCACUCAGCAAGCAGAUCCCACUCCACCCGCUCCAAGAAGAGAGCGCUGUCCUUGUCCCCACUGUCUGAUGGCAUUGGGAUUGACUUCAAUACUAUCAUCCGCACUUCGCCCACAUCCUUGGUUGCCUACAUCAACGGAUCAAGAGCCUCCCCUGCCAACAUGUCCCCACAGUCAGAGGUUUAUGGGCAUUUCCUGGGUGUUCGUGGCAGCUGCAUCCCCCAGUCUUGUGCAGUGUCCAGUGGACAGAAAGGCAUGCUGCUAGCCAGUGGAGGACAGGCACUGCCAGGCUACGUCGAGGAUGGUACACUGGAGUACGAGCGCAUGCAGCAGCUGGAGCAUGGUGGCCUGCAGUCUGGUCCUGGAAACAACAUGGUGCUGCAGCCGGGCCUACCUGGCCAGGAUGGCCAGUCAGCCAACAUGCUCAAAACUGAGCGCUUGGAGGAGUUCCCAGGUAGUGCCUUGGACCUGCCCUCGGCGCCACCUCUCCCUCCUCUUCCCCCGCCUCAGGGCCCCCCACCCCCAUACCAUGCCCACCCACACCUUCACCACCCAGAGCUUCUGCCUCACACCCAGCCACUGGCCCUGACCCAGGCUGGCCUGGAUGAGGAUGGGGAGAUGGAGGACUCCGGAGGCAAGCACUGCUGUCGUUGGAUAGACUGCAGUGCCCUGUAUGACCAGCAGGAGGAACUGGUGAGGCACAUCGAGAAGGUCCACAUAGACCAGCGCAAGGGGGAAGAUUUCACGUGCUUCUGGACUGGCUGCCCUAGGAGGUACAAGCCCUUCAAUGCGCGUUAUAAACUGUUGAUCCACAUGAGGGUCCACUCGGGGGAGAAGCCCAACAAGUGCACGUUUGAAGGUUGCAAGAAGGCCUUUUCAAGGCUCGAGAACCUCAAGAUUCACUUGCGGAGCCACACGGGUGAGAAACCAUACCUGUGUCAGCACCCGGGCUGCCAGAAGGCUUUCAGCAACUCCAGCGACCGUGCCAAGCACCAGAGGACACACCUUGACACUAAACCUUAUGCUUGUCAAAUUCCAGGAUGUACAAAACGCUACACAGAUCCAAGCUCCCUAAGAAAGCAUGUGAAGGCGCAUUCUUCCAAAGAGCAACAAGCAAGGAAAAAGCUACGGUCUAGCACUGAGCUCCAUCCAGAUCUCCUCACGGACUGUCUCGCUGUGCAGCCCCUACAGCCAGCCACUUCCCCCAGAGAUGCUGCUGCUGAUGGUGCUGUGGGAUGCUCCCCAGGGCCAGGGCCUGGGCCUGAACUCUAUCCAGCUCCCGUUUUUGCCAGUAAUCAUCCAAGCCGAAGUGGAGCAGCUGCCGGGGCCGUGCCACCCCCACAUCCUGUCAGUCACCCUUCUCCAGGACAUAAUGUACAGGGGAGCCCCCACAACCCCUCCUCCCAGUUACCUCCACUCACAGCUGUGGACGCAAGCACCGAGAGGUUUGCACCUCCGACUCCAUCUCCUCAGCACAUGAGCCCGGGAAGAAUUCCAGCUCCUCCGUCAUUGCUGCAGAGAGCCCAGCCUCCCCACACCCAGCAGCCACCAGGCUCACUCCUGAAGUCCUACCAUCCAGAGACGAACCCUGCUUUUCAGUCAAAUGGUAUCCAUGUCCAUGGAUUUUAUGGCCAGCUGCAGACCUUCUGUCCCCCACAUUAUCCCGAUUCCCAGAGAACUGUGCCACCCAGCAGCUCCUGCAGUAUGGUGCCUUCCUUUGAGGACUGCCUGGUGCCCACGUCCAUGGGUCAGGCUGGAUUUGAUGUUUUCCAUAGAGCCUUCUCAACACACUCAGGCAUUACAGUGUAUGACUUGCCUUCAGCUUCUUCAAGCCUCUUUGGGGAAUCUCUUCGCAGUGGCCCAGAAGACCCCACGUUCUUGCAGCUCAACGCUGUGGACCGCUGUCCUAGCCAGCUCUCCUCUGUGUAUACCGAAGGCUGAAGGCUCCCCAGGCCUCUCCUGCAUAUCCAGGACCUUUGAGUCCCUAGUCACCUCUUAUUUUCAUACUCUCACAAGCCUUGUGAAGGAUGCCAACCAAAUCCAUGGAGCCAGUAGGGUCACUGGGUCUUGGGAAGGCAGGAUCGGAUGA